AUGCGUCAAUCAUUUGUCUUCUCAUGUCUCGCAGCUGUUGGUGCCCUUGCGGCACCACAAGCCAUCACAGUCGCAAGGCAGAGCCCGCCGACAGACGAAGAGUUCGGGCUCACCAUGACAGUCAACGGAGCCUACGUUUCUCUGAACGCAGUCAGCAACGGUACGGAGGACUUGAUCUUGGAGGCCCAAAGGCUGAGUGUGUAUCCGGGCACCCCAGCUUACCUCACUGGUACGAGUCCAGCCGCCGCCCUGAGCUUCGACCUCACCGACAGCACUACUGUUCCAGCGGGCGUGUACGGGGUGCUCGUCCCGAGCGUCGGGGACAAUUACGGGUAUGCGACUCCAGUCCUGGCGCGCAAGGACUACGAGGAGUUCGAGUUUUCGGUGACCAACGGCACCAUCUCGCACAGGCUGACGGCUGCGCUACAGUCGUGGUUUGCUUGCCUCGACACGGUCAACGGGGAGGAUAACUAUGUCCUAAAAUGGGGAGUAUUCCAGAGCAAUGGUAGCCCACCUGCAGGCUGUGCUACAACCACUGUGCAGCAGAACUUCAACGUCCCUGGUGGUGCGCGGCCUCGAAGGUGA